AUGAUAACAGAACAACUGCGUAAUCCAAAUGAAUUGGAUAUUAGUCUUAGAAUGGAAUUUGGGCCAUUUGAGACUGUUCAUAAAUGGAAGCGUAUGUCAGAAUGCUAUGAAUUUGUUGGAGCCAGACGAAGUAAACACACAGCUGUAGCAUACAAAGAUGCAAUAUAUGUAUUUGGUGGUGAUAAUGGCAAGUCGAUGCUUAAUGAUCUUAUUAGAUUUGAUAUCAGAGAGAAAUCAUGGACAAAAACUGGAUGCAUGGGUACUCCACCAGCACCUAGAUAUCAUCAUUCUGCUGUGGUGCACAGAUCGUCAAUGUUUGUAUUUGGCGGCUACACAGGGGACAUUCUUGCCAACUCUAAUCUUACCAACAAAAAUGACCUUUUUGAGUACAAAUUUCAAAAUGCUCAGUGGGUACAAUGGAAGUUUGUUGGCCAAGAACCUGUACCUAGAUCGGCCCAUGGCGCGGCCGUAUAUGACGAUAAGCUUUGGAUAUUUGCUGGUUACGACGGAAACGCUAGACUCAAUGACAUGUGGACUGUUAAUUUAGUAGGCGAGAACCGCCAGUGGGAGAAAGUGGAGCAGAAGGGUCAAUGCCCCCCGACCUGCUGCAACUUCCCGGUGGCGGUGGCGCGUGGCAAAAUGUACGUGUUCAGCGGACAGAGUGGUGCGAAGAUCACCAACGCGCUGUUCCAGUUCGACUUCGAGACACACACGUGGAGCCGCGUGUGCACGGAGCACCUGCUACGCUGCGCUGGCCCCGCGCCGGCACGCCGCUACGGGCACACGAUGCUGGCACACGCGCGCCAUCUAUAUGUAUUCGGCGGCGCGGCGGACAGCACCCUGCCCUCGGACCUCCACUGCUACGACCUGGACACGCAAAUGUGGUCUGUCGUGCAACCUUCGGCCGACUCGCAGAUCCCGUCCGGGCGGCUAUUCCACGCGGGCGCGGUGGUGGGGGACGCGAUGUACAUAUUCGGUGGGACGGUCGACAACAACGUGCGCAGCGGCGACCUCUACCGGUUCCAGCUGUCCAACUACCCCCGAUGCACGCUCCACGAAGACCUGGGAAGAGUUUUGCGCUCGGAGCAGUUCUGCGACGUGACUCUGCUCGUGGGGGGGGAGCCGACCCCAGUACUAGCGCACCAGGCGCUGCUCGCUGCCCGCUCCGCCUACCUGCGCGCUAAGAUCAAGGAGGCGCGCGAAGAGAUGGCGAAACGGAUCGCCGCCGGCGAGCUGAGGCCCACGGAGGCGUACAACUACAAGGCGCAGCCGGAGCUGGUCAUCAAGCUGCCAGAGGCCACGCCGGAGGCCUUCCGUAUGGUCCUCAACUACAUAUACACGGACAGGAUCGAUCCCACCGAGAAAGACGAGAACCCGGCCUCGCCGGCGACGAUACUUCUGGUGAUGGAAGUCCUCCGCUUGGCACUUCGGCUGAACAUCCCUCGGCUGCGCGGACUGUGCGCCCGCUUCCUGCGGGCCAACCUCUGCUACAGCAACGUUCUGAAGGCGCUGCACGCGGCGCACCACGCCAACCUCAACUGCAUCAAGGAGUACUGCUUACGUUUCGUGGUGAAAGACUACAACUUCACUCCGAUCGUCAUGUCCAAGGAGUUCGAGGAGAUGGAACAGAGCCUGAUGGUGGAAGUGAUCAGGCGACGCCAGCAGCCGCCGCCCAAGCAACCGGCCGCCGCGCACGACCACGACGAAGAGAUACAAGGCACGACCCUGGAGCAGGACAUGUGCGUGUUCCUGGGCGGCGGCGGCGAGCUGAGCGACGUGUCGCUGCGCGUGGGCGGCGUGGCGCGCGCCGCGCACCGCUCCGUGCUGGCCGCGCGCGCCGCCUACUUCGAGGCGAUGUUCCGCUCCUUCUCGCCGCGCGACAACGUGGUCAACAUCCAAAUUUGCGACACUGUACCUUCAGAGGAAGCAUUCGAUUCUCUGCUCCGCUACAUCUACUACGGCGAAACCAACAUGCCCACAGAAGAUUCGCUGUACUUAUUUCAAGCACCGAUCUACUACGGCUUCACCAACAACCGGCUGCAGGUGUUCUGCAAGCACAACCUGCAGAGCAACGUGUCGCCGGAAAAUGUCCUCGCCAUCCUGCAGGCCGCUGACAGAAUGCACGCCACCGACAUCAAGGAGUACGCCCUCAAAAUGAUCGCACACCAUUUCGGAGUGGUGGCACGCCAGGAGGCGAUCAAGAAUCUAGCUCAGCCCCUCCUGGUCGAUAUUGUAAUGGCCCUGGCCGAAGAACCGCAAUAUGACACCCCUUUGCCUUUACAACCCAGGUCCCUGCCCUCGUCAUCAUCAGCGGACACACUCACCGACGACCCGGAGUACACUCGCCAUAGAACGUGCAAG